AUGUAUUUGGUUGUUGCUGAUGAGAAAUAUACUGAAUGUACGCCACCAAUCGUCAAUUGUCCUCUUGUUCGAAAUUUCUACAAGGAAUUCUGUGAUAGAAGUGAUAGAAGACCAUAUUUCACAACUGAUCAAAAAGUUCUGGUGGAAAUUUGUUUUGAAGAAAGUUCAAAUUGUUGUCUAACAAUUGCAAUAUACCUUAUUUCUUUGAUCAUCCUCUGCUUUAAAGAACUUUGGGAAUAUAAAAAGAGAAAAAGGUGUGAUGAAAAAAUAAAUGCUUUCCCGACUAAUGUUCUAAAAGCUACAGGGUGGGAGUCUUCAAAGUGGGGAGAAAAACUUGAGUCUUUAAAUACCUUUAUGAUCACUUCUUGGCUCUUUUUGGAGCGUUGCUUAAUUCAGGUUGUUGUUGGUGACAUCGUAAAAGUAAACGACGGUGAGCUUUUUCCAGCUGACCUGCUACUGCUCUUAUCAAGCGAGAAGAAUGGAACGUGUCUUGUAGAAACCUCAAAAUUAGAUGGUGAAACCAACCUCAAAUUACAUCACGCUUUGGACUUGAAGUUAGAAUCAAACGACGUAGAAAAUAAAAAAUUUUCUUGCAAGAUCGAAUGUGAGCCUCCGAAUAAAAACUUGAAGGCGUUUGUAGGAAAAAUGAUCGUGGGCGAGGAGACGUACGAUUUAGGCGAUUAUCUCACCAGAACAGCCAGCCAAGUCGUCUCUUUUGUUAGAAUCUUUGCUUGUUUGAUAAAACCGAAAUAUCAAAAAGGGACACACUACAGAGUCGAUCAAUUUUUGCUUCGCGGUACACGAUUGGUACAUACGAGUUGGAUUUUCGGCGUGGCAAUGUAUACUGGAAAAGAGACAAAACUGUUGAUGAAUUCAGCAUCCUCACCGCUUAAAAAAUCAAUGCAAUGCUUAGAUUACUAUGGGUCAAAGCUUAGUAGAAUCAAAAACAAUGGAAUCGCAGUUCUUAUUGCUUUAUUGGCAUGUCUCCUGUCACUGACUUCAAAGAACCCAGUAGGUCAUUCAGAUCUUUGUGAAGUUGUGGUUGUUUUAGGCCACCGUAUUCCGUGUUGGGAUUUUAUACUUUCUCUGUUGUUUUUAUAUUACAAUAUUGUACCCAUUUCAUUGACAGUCUGGCUAGAAAUAGUUCGAUUUGUUCAAGCCAUUUACAUUAACUCUGAUUUGGAACUUUAUGACGAAGACUCAGAUUUCCUUAAAACCGCACAAACUUCAAACUUAAACGAAGAGUUAGGACAGUUCUUUGCGUUUAAAAAUGAUACAGUACAAGGAGGGCAUAACUCUCAGUAA